UAUAGAAGGUAAAUUCAGUGUUUAAACUACUUGUGAACCAUGGUUACUGCUCUGACACUAAUUAUACUCGUUGUCUUAAUUGUAUUUGUCGUUUAUAAAUAUUUGGUAAAUCGUAGGCGCAAUGCUUUACUUAGUGAAAUUCCUGCUUUACCAAACUUCCCCAUAAUAGGGGCGAUGAUGAAUUUUCUGAAGCCGCCAGAGAAGAUAUGGAAAUAUUUACGAGAAAUUGGCUUGCAGUACUACCCAAUCUACAGAUUUUCGGUGCUAAAUGUUGACGUUGUAAAUAUUCUAAGUCCGGAGGACAUAGAAAUAAUAUUAUCGUCAAUUAAACAUACUACCAAGAGUAUGCUCUACGACAUGUUGCACAGCUGGCUUGGAGGAGGACUGUUGACAAGUUAUGGGGCAAAGUGGCAUAAUCGCCGUAAGAUAUUAACGCCCACAUUUCACUUCCACAUUCUCGAACAAUUUAUAGAUACGUUCGUAGAACAAUCUGCGAAAAUUGUGAAUAAAUUAGAGGCCGAAUGUGAUAAGCCUUGGACCAACGUGGUUCCUCUCGUUUCCGAAUAUACACUAAACUCGAUAUGCGAAACCGCAAUGGGAACUCCAAUGGAUGAAGAAAGUAGCACAUGCAAGCGGUAUGUGCAAAAGGUGCACAGGAUCGGUGAAAUUUAUUUACACAUCAUUACGCAUCCGUGGUGUGACUUUUUACUUACAUUUGUAUUCACUCCGACAUUCUGGGAGUUGCGAAGGUUGGUAAAGGAGCUUCAUGCUUUCUCUUCGUCAGUAAUUCAAAAACGAAAGGCAACCUUUAAAAGGUCGGAUACAAAGUCAGAAACUCCAUCAAAGAGAAGACAAGCGAUGCUCGAUCUGUUAAUUUCUGCCAUGAACUCCGGAGAACCCAUCGAUGACCAAGGAAUACAAGAGGAAGUUGACACUUUUAUAUUUGAGGGCCACGACACAACUUCGGCAUGUAUUUCCUUAACGCUCCUAAUGUUGGCCUGUCACGGUGACGUUCAACAAAAAGUUGUUGAAGAAAUACAACAAGUGUUUGGAAACAGUGAUCGACAUCCCACACACCAAGAUUUAUCCAACUUACGUUACCUGGAACAAGUAUUAAAGGAAUCCCUGAGAAUGUAUCCCAGCGUACCGCUAAUUUCCAGGUUAUCAGACGAAGAGGUAAAAAUGAAUUCUGGAUACACAAUCCCGGCAAAAAGUAUAGUUCACAUUCACAUCUACGACUUACAUCACAAUCCCACCCUCUACCCGGACCCGUAUAAGUUUGAUCCAGAGAGGUUUACUGUGGAAAAUUCGAAGAAUCGCCACCCGUUUGCAUAUAUCCCAUUUAGCGCUGGACCACGUAAUUGCAUAGGUCAGCGGUAUGCAUUCCUGGAGAUCAAAAUUGUCAUAGUAGAAAUUUUGAAGAGAUUUGUAUUGGAAGCAGUUGAUUUACCCGAAAAUAUUACACUACUGGUGAAUCUAGUAUUACGUGUUAAAAAUGGUUUGAGAGUUAAAUUUAAAAAGCGAUAGCUCUUUAUAAGUGUCGUAGUCCUGGGAGAUCGCAAGCAAAAUAUCUUUCUGAUCACUACUGGCACAAAUAAAUAAAAUAAAAAAU